AUGUUGCAGGCUGCGGCACUUUGGCUUUUGACACUUGCUACCCAGCUACCUGAGACAACGCAGGGUCCUCAGCAACGCUUUUUGCUCAGGGAGCUGCUGAGAGAUUACAAUCCCAUGGAAAGGCCUGUGGCCAAUGACUCCCACACCCUCACAGUCCACUUCUCCAUCACUCUAAUGCAAGUCAUGGAUGUGGAUGAAAAGAACCAGAUCCUCACCACAAAUAUAUGGCUACAGAUGCAGUGGUAUGAUCACUACCUGCAGUGGAAUCAGUCUGAGUACCCCGGAGUUAAAAACCUUCGCUUCACUGCAGAUCAAGUAUGGACACCAGACAUAUUGCUUUAUAACAGUGCUCACAACAAGUUUGACGCCACCUUUAAGACCAACGUGCUGGUAAACUCCAGUGGGUUCUGUGAGUAUCUGCCUCCAGGAAUAUUUAUCAGCACCUGCAAUGUGGAUGUGCGCUGGUUUCCCUUUGAUAUUCAACGUUGCGAGUUGAAGUUUGGAUCCUGGACAUUCGACGGCUGGCUGCUGGACAUUCAGAUGAAGGAGGCAGAUGUGUCGGGAUACAUGCCCAAUGGAGAGUGGGACCUACUGGAGGUGCCCGGAGGUCGGCACGAGAUUUUCUAUGACUGCUGUGCAGAACCUUACCCCGACGUAACUUUUGUGGUCACCCUGCGCCGGCGGACACUUUAUUACGCUCUCAACCUCCUCAUCCCCUGCGUGCUCCUCUCGUCCAUGACACUUCUCGUCUUCCUGCUCCCAGCCAACUCCGGAGAGAAGAUUAGCUUGGGAAUUACUGUUCUACUUUCUCUGACUGUCUUCAUGUUGAUGGUUGCUGAGAUAAUGCCAGCGACUUCAGAUUCUAUACCACUCAUAGGUCAGUACUUUGCCAGCACCAUGGUGAUUGUUGGGAUGUCUGUAGUGGCUACAGUCAUUGUCCUUCAAUUCCAUCACCACAACCCCAACAAUGGACAGAUACCACAUUGGGUCAACCUAGUUCUUCUGCAGUGGGUACCUUGGUUCCUGAGGAUGAAACGUCCAGGUGAGGGAAUGGAACAUGAUCGUCCACACAGCCAGGCAGAUACUCAAAGCAAGACCCUGUCCUCACCUGCCACUCAACUGACCGCCAUUAUCCCCCAAAGCCUUGCGUCCCUGAGAGCCAGCCUGGCUCAGCUCCAUCACACCCCGCCUCAUGAGUGCAUUUCCCAAGCCGUUAUUCUUCCGCAUGUCAUCCAUAGAGAUCCUAGCCCCAAUCUGCAUCCUCAACCAAACGGUCAUCUGCCUUACAUGGGGUUCCAGGCCUUUCAGUCUACUGCAGAAGUAGAAGGCCAGAGUCACAAUCAGAUGAGGGGCUCCUACGGACCAACGGGCGAAGAUGGAGAAGCUUCAGAUGGAGGGGGAGAUAUUCCGAGUCAUCAACAAUUUUUGUCUGCCAAAUUGCAGGAAACAGCAUCCAUAAACCCCGAGUCGUCAACCAUGUCUCCAGGGUCGGGUGGUUUAGAAGCGGGGACAGGUUCAGGUAGGGCUGCCCUUUCAGACACCCACAGUGGCAUCAUUGGAAGCGGGGCAGUGGACAACCAGCUCAAGGCUCUUCUCACUGAAGUACAGUUCUUAGUGGAACGGGUUCGCGAACAGGACCGGCAGCUCAGUCUAGCUGAACAGUGGCAGUUCGCUGCAGCCGUUAUCGACCGCCUGUGUCUGGUCGGAUUCAGCGUCUUCAACAUAAUCUGCACCAUUGCUAUUCUCAUGGCCGCACCCAACUUUGGAGAAGCUCUGGCGAAAGACUUCCUCUGA